UAUUUAGGGACAAUGUUAGUAGAUCAGAGGCUGCAACACACACACACACACACACACACACACACACAUACAAGAUGGACAGAAAUAUGGACAGAAGAAUAACAGGAUAAAGGAUAAGGAAUAAUGGAGCUUCUGACUAUAGAGGCCAUUCUGUUCGGCUUUCUGGUCUUCUCUGGCAUUCUGGGAAAUAUGUUGGUCAUCUACGCGGUGUUCCAGUGUGCUCUGGACAACCCGUCUCACCACCUCUCCCCGUCUGACAUCAUCCUGCUGAACAUCUCCAUGGCCAACCUCCUGACCUCCGUGUUCCGCACCAUACCCAUCUUCAUCUCCGACCUGGGCCUGAAGGUGUCGCUGGAGACCAACUGGUGUCGCGUCUUCAUGCUGCUGUGGGUGUGGUGGCGGGCGGUGGGCUGCUGGGCCACGCUGACGCUCAGCGCCUUCCACUACGCCACCCUGAAGCGUAAACGCGUCUCCACGUGCCCUCAAGCGCUGAGGAAAGACCGCAGGCUCACGUGGGGAGCUCUGGGGCUGGUGUGGGGCACCAAUUUACUGUUUUCGAUACCGGCGUCGGUCUUCACGUCGCACGUGCACGGAAACGCCACCACUGAAGUGAUGGUGAUUAGCUGCACCACGCGGCCCCUGCUGGGCUGCAUGUGGAAUUUCCCGACCCGUGAACAAGGCUACGCCUUCGCCGCCGCUUCGAUGGCGCUGAACGAGGUUCUACCCCUGGUUCUAAUGGUGGGAACCAACCUGGCAACCCUGCACACUCUGGCCAAGCACAUCCGCGCCGUCGCCGCCGGGCCCGAGAUGGCGUCGGGUCAUUCGAACAGCGAAAAGAAGGCGGGUCACGUGAUCCUGGCCUUGGUCACCCUGUUCGUGGUCUGCUGGGUGUUACAGGUUGCCGCGGUGACGUACUAUAACUACGAGCGUGGAAAACACACCGACAGCCUGCUGACCGUCUCCCAGUUCUCGUCCUCGCUGUUCGUGGGCUUCAGCCCCAUGGUGGUGGCUCUGGGACACGGCAAGAUGCGCAAGAAAAUCAUGGGCAUGCUGCAGAGGUGGCUGCGGAAAGCUCUGUGCAGAGACGCCGAGGAGCACAAGAGGGCGCCGGAGAUCAGCUCCACCAUAAACAGCACCAUCACACAGAAACAGACACAUCACUGACAUUAUAGCAAUGUGAACACAACUUAAUAACUGUUACAGGAACUCCAAGACGUCAAAACCAGUCUCCUCAUUUAUAACGAUGAACCAUAUUUUUCGCACUAUAAGGCGCAACGGAUUAUAAGGUGCACACUAUGUGACACUAGUAAGGAACAGGGGUGUCACCAUGUUUUCCUUCUAAUUCAGCAGCUAAUUCUCGCUGCUGUUUCGGAACCUGUAAAGCUAAGCUAAGUAAACAAAACUGUAAUUCUUUUUUCUUUAAGUCAAACAAGCACUAGAUUUCACUCUCCCCAAAUUUCUCUUCUUAAAUCUGUUUAUUUCGCUGAGUAAAGCGCUUCCAUUUAUGUACAGUAAGCUUAGAUUUCCAGAUUUUCACUAAGGCUAGGUGCAGCAGUAUUAGUAUUAGCAUUAGCGGCUAGCCUCUAAUAAAUGCCGUCUGAGUGUUCCGGUAAAGCCAGGGUGAUAUUAGCUAGCGGUUCGUCCCACGUAGCUUGUUUUAACAUAGUAAAUGCCCAGGCUACAGAUCAAUAAUACUUAGCUCUGAAUAGCGAAAGAGUCAGCGCUUAGCGCAGUUAGUAGCUAAUGCUAAUGCUUCUCCAGCAGAGUUAGCUAGGGUUAGCAGCAGGCUACAGUCCAAUAAUUCUUACU